AUGGGGAGGAAGGCUGGGAGCAGGAGUGCGGAAAUCGCGGCGCUCCAGCGCGCGGGCAUCCCCGCAGGGUUCGCGCGGGUUCGCUCUGGCCUGGGCGCCAGUGCAGCCGGGACCCCCGCCGGUGCCGAGCGCUCCCCCCACCCUCUCUCCGGGUACCCAGCGUUCCGCUCCCCUCCCCCCACCCAGCGUCUUCUGGGUCCUCCGCGGCCAAGGCGCCCGAGGCCCGCCCCGCCUCCUCGCGCAACCCUCGGACGCUGGGCGACCCGCGCUGCCCCGGCGGCGGGCGGAGGGACGCGCGGGGCGGUUAGGAGCCGGGGCCAGCGAGCACCGGGCGCGCGGGGACCCGGGACGCACGCGGCCGGCCGGGCGGCGCGCGCUUCCCCCUCCCCCGCGGCCCGAGCGCGAGCCGCCGUGACGUCACGGGCGGCCCGCCAGCCCCGCGCUCCAGCGGGCAGAGCGCGUGCGGCCGCCGAGCACAUGGGCCCGCGGGCUGGGCAGGCUCGGGGCGGCUUGGACCCGGACCGGCAGCGAGGGGCAGCGCGCAGGGACGGACCCCGACACCCCCCGGGGCCCCGAGCGGAUUUCCACGCGGAGAGGGUGUUGGCAGUCCCGGCGACCUGCCGAGACACAGCGGGAUCCACCUUCCAUGGAAAAGGCACUUGUAUGGAUCCUCUCAACCCUGAGUGGAACUUCCUGAAAGAUUUAUUAGGAGAAAAACCUUGGAAGCAGCAGAAGGACAAACAGAAUCGCUGGCUGGGCAAAGACUCGUGGCCCGGUCUCCACGACGAGGGGAGUUACAUCUUAGAGAGACCACCAAAAGCCGUCAGAGAGUCGUCCCCAUGCAUUAGGAGCAUGGAAAAGCGUCCGAAGCGUAAUGGGCCUGAUCUUUGGACCAGAAAGGAAUGAAAAAGUUGCCCCUUACAAUGGC